UAAUACUGUGUGACAGUGACAGCUAACAACUUUUUACAAAAAAAGAAAGUUUUUUAACCUCAAAAUUUUCAUUUUCAGAGAGUUCUUUUUGGAUUUUUUUGGAAAAUAAAAUUUUCAAACAUUAUUUUGAACAAAUUCAAUUGAUACGGUAAUGUGGUCUCAGUAGGAAUAUCUAAAUAUAUUACUAAAAAAUAAAUAAUAAUAAUGGAACCAAUCUGGUUUAAGCCCGAUUUAGCUGAGCAAAUAAUAAAAACAGAUGAUUUGUUUGAUCAAACACAAAGUAUCGUGACGGAUAUUGUUUCAGGCAGACUUGAUUUAACAUGUUUGACAGAAAACAUGGCUGGCACAUUAACUAACAAAGACGCUGAGUGUAGAGAGCGAGGAAUGAAAUUCUUUACCAAAAUUCUUAAAGAAAUCCCCAAGGACUAUUUGUCGGAGAUGCAAAUAAAAUUCAUAUCAAAGUUUUACGUCGAUAGAUUGAAAGAUAAUCAUAGAGUGAUUCCUUCAGUGCUUGAAGGUUAUCUGGCAAUUGUAGAUAUGAGGAACUAUAAUGUGCAGUACAGUGGGGAGUACUUCACCAUAUUGUUCAGGGAGGUGGCGUGUCAAUCGCAAGUACGUCAGGAUAGAUAUAAUAUUUAUUUGACCAUACAAAAAAUAUUGGAUAUGGAUGUACAAUAUACACAGUCACUUGGUCCAGAUUUUGUAUAUGGGUUUAUAUCAUCAAUGGACGGCGAAAGAGAUCCUCGGAAUUUGUUAUACCUCUUUAACUUCCUGCCCAAGUUUCUAAACAAGGUUCCUUUGGGGCAUUUAGUUGAGGAAAUGUUUGAAGUAAUCUCGUGUUAUUAUCCCAUCGACUUCCAUCCUUCACCGAAUGACCCUGCUGCAGUGUCUCGGAAUGAGUUGGCUGCAGCUCUAUGCCCUUGUCUAUGUGCUGUACCGGAGUUUGCAGAGCAUUGCCUGUUAUUGUUGAUAGAGAAGCUGGAUUCUAGUCUUCGAGUGGCUAAAAUAGACUCUUUGAUGUUAUUGGCUGAAAGCUGUAAAACGUUCAAGCCACAGAGCUACGGUCCUUUCCUGAAGGCGUUAUGGUCGUCCAUACAAAGGGAGAUAUCGCACAAAACCGACGAGGAAAUAAAACUAGCGGCUCACGAGGCUUUAUCGGCGCUCGUCGCGAAACUAUCGACUGCGGCCGACACCGACCAAUCGUUCGAAAAUUUAAUCAAAGGAAUUCUCAUUUCUAUGCAAACUGCUGUUGCCGAAGCGUCAACGGUAGUCCAAUUCGUUCAAGUAACAAAGACUUUGUUGACAGCAGCUAACGCUUCCAAACAAUCGUGUGAAAUAAUAACCAAAUCUAUGAUCCCCGCUGUCAUAGCGUAUUAUGAAUUCAAAACAUCCCCUAAACUGCAGAUAGCCAGUUUGGACUUUUUAGGAGAUUUGUACGAUAUGGCAGAUCAUUGGGCUGUAGUGGAACUAAUAGAGAAGCAAGUGGACGAAAUCCCCCAACUGUGCCUCAACGCUGUCAGCGUACCUUCCAAAGAAUACCAGCUCGCUGGAUUCAAAACUCUUAUAAGAGUAAUGCGUGCUUUAAAAACUGAUCUCGUACUACCAUUUGUGGAAAUUUUGAUGUACAACGUCCAACAUUCCCUAGACGAUGAAUUACUUGGCGUUAGCGUACAAACAAUUCACGCGAUUUCUAGGAAAUAUCCUGAAUUGAUGAUGAGUUUAGUCGUUCAAGGGAAGUGUGAUAUAAAUAACUUGACGGCUGACAAAACGGCUCUACAGAAACGCCUAAAUUUGCUAUCGAACCUCGCGAGCAUAGACGAUUUUACCAAAAUUAUUAUUGAAGAGAUGCUUAAAGCUAUCACUACGAACGACGAGGAUGCUUCCAAGGUCGUCCAAGCAUUGAACACUUCAAUAUCAAACACAAGUCUUUAUUCAGAGGAUAAAGUAGCACAAAUAGAAAGUGACCACGGCCUAAUAGAAUCAAUCCUAGCUUGGUUGUUAAAAGAAAUCAAAACAUCUACGCAAGAUUCUUUAGACAACGGAUGCACUUUGAUCUCUAAUACUAUUUCUAGUUUGCCUGUAGAAAAACAGCUAAAAGUUCUAUCUAGGCACACAAAUGAAAUUUUGGGACAGUGGAAAAUUGAUGAUACCUAUUUCCAAGUUUUAGAAUGCCUUUAUAGAUCUGUAAACCAGGGUGUAUAUAAUGCCCAUUUUGAAGAAUUAUUGAGUUUAGCUUUAAAUCUGUCUCUCAAUAGCGAAUCAGCAGUUGUCAGACUAAAAGCUUGUUAUAUGGUAGCACAUUUUCUGAAUAAGGUGGACAGUGGACAGAAAUUUGAAUUAUUGUAUGAAAUUUUGAAGAAUUACCUCAGCAGCUGUGGCAGAGAGGAUGAGGACUUUUGUCCAAGGCUGAUAAACUUGUAUGGCUGGAUCACUAAAGCGUUAGUAUUACGAGGAAGUGAUCUCUUCCAGUUUUGGCUUAACAAGAUCGUAAUAGCUAUAUCAAAUCCAGAAUGCAGUAAGGCAGCCUCUGAAUCCAUCCGUACAAUAAUGACUGACACGUCGAACUGUUUGAGCUCUAGACAGCACUGUCGGUCCAGUUUACUGUACAAGCAGAGAAUGUUCCAAGCAUUCACCAAUAUGUCGGAGAAAAUUGGUCCUCCGGGACCAGAUAAAGAGGCAUAUUAUCUAAGUUGGGCAUAUGUUUUAGAGAAAACCCCAAAGACUGUACUUAAUAAUGAAAUUAGUAAGAUCGUGCCUUUAGCUAUAGACGCCUUGGAAUACGACAACAAAGAUCUGCUUACUGUGAUGAUAGAUCUUCUUAUACACUUCGUGCAAGGGAAAAACGCCAUUGUGACCGACAGCUUACAGACUAUAUUGCCACGGAUGAUCAAUUUGACCACAUACACUAAAUCUAUGGAUGUCCGAAUAAAGAGUCUGCAGUGCAUCUACGAGUUGGCCAACGGUUGUCCAACGCGCGCGCUGCUGCCGCACAAGCAGUGCACGCUGCUGGCGCUGGCGCCGGCGUUGGACGACCGCAAGCGGCUGGCGCGCCACGCCGCCGUGCGCGCGCGCACGCGUUGGUUCCUCGUGGGCGCGCCGGGGGAGGACAAACAGGAUUGAUUGGCUGCGAUGGAUUCUAAAUUAAAUCAAUUAUCGAAUAAAUUACUACAUUUAAGACAAGGUUUAUUAACAAAACAAGGUUUUAAGCGAAAAAUAACAUCGUACCUUCUGGUCACUUUGACAGCGGUGCCAAGCCAUUGUAUCAAUUUCUGGAACCAAUCUGGAUAAAAAAAAAUAAUUUUCAAAAUUGGUUAAGGAAUGACGAAAUGAUGAGGUAAACAUAAAAAAAAACGAAAAAAAAAAUUAGUAUGCUCGCAAUAAAUGGAUUUAGCUAGAUUUUAUUUUUAUAAAGCGUACUCCUAACAAGUUAGCCCGUUUCCAUCUUAGAUUGCAUCAUCACUUACCAUCAGGUGAGUAGUCAAGGGCUGACUUGUAGAGAAUAAAAAAAACUUACCAUAAAGAAAAAUUAAGAGUGUGCAGACCACACAACUGAAGUAAAACAUGUUUAAAAAAAAUCGCCAUUAUGAGCCUCAGGCAUCCAGCGGCUCCCUGCAAACCGUUUGAUGUCUUCGGUGAUGGCGACCUUGCACCAUCGAUGGUGCUAGGUCGACGGUCGCCAUUACAGUUCUUGGGACCCUAACGCGUAUCGUAUCUUCGAGCUAUAUGUACUGCCCAUUGCCACUUCAGCUUCUUAAGUUAUUGACUGAUUCUUCCGUUAUUCUUUACAUUUCUGAUUUGAUCACGGAGAUAUACUCCAACCAUAGCUCGAUCCAUUUGCCGCAGUGCGUUUAAGAGUUGACCAACGACUGUCCAACGACUGUCCAACGGCUGUCCAACGGUUGUCCAACGGCUGUCCAACAGAUGAUUAUUAUAGGCCAGCUUUUCGGCGCACCGGGGAGGACAAAUUAAAUCAAUCAUCAAAUAAUUGAUAGUUAUAAGUUAGCCAACGGUUGUGCCAGAUUGCGCUGCUAAUACCAACAUAAUAAAUAGAAUCAUAGACGUAAUAAAUAGUUCAGACACCGUCUCGUGAAUUGAAAAGUGAAGCACCCCAAUUCUGCUAGAUCGCAUAUACGUACCUACACGCUGACAUGCACACAGAUGCACAUAUGAAGACAGAUCGACCGAUAUUAAUUUCCUAUAUUUGGCAAUACACUUCACACACAUAUAAAUAAUUGGCACAAUUAAAGUGCUUCAGUUGUUAUCGUCUGCCUUUUUUACAAGUCUAUGUUAUAUAUUAUAUUAGUUUUUGUAGUCCGUUAAAAUACUUGUUUUAUUUAGGUAUGAAAUACUUAUUAAUAAUAAAUAUUGUUAAUACAAAAA